UGCAAUCGUUGUACUUACUCCUUUUCCUCAGUUAAAUUUUUUUUGCAUUUUGUUGUGUAAACAAUUGGGGUCUCGCUGGUUUGGCGCGAAAUGUGCACGCUUCCCCUGUAGAGCCCUGGUGAACUGGCGACUGGCUGGACUCUUGGGACCUAUUUUAAAAUUGCCAUUUUCAUAAGCCGUUGUUCGCGGGAUCAAGAAUGCGUCUGAAAAAUGAUGUCAAAAUUGGUUACAGAUAUCUUUAAUGCUCAGAGUGAUGAUGAAGAAUUUAUGGGUUUUCAAGAGGCUGAUUUUAGGAAUAGAUGUGACCAUUUUAAAUAUAUCCCAAAAUUAAUAGCAGAUAUCUUUGACGCACCAAGUGAUGAUGAGUUUUUGGGUUUUCAAGAUCCUGAAUCCAACACAUCUCAUGAUCAUGCUGCUGUUGAUGAACUGAACCAAAGCAUGAGUGUUCCCCAUUUCCAGUCCAAGUUUAUUACGGAAGAGCUUAUUGAAAUUUUCACCGAGGAUAGUUGGUCAACUGAUUAUGUUUUUGAAGGAUUCCCUGAAUGUACUGUUGAAUCUAAUGGCAAAGUGGACUUAAGGCCUGAGAGUUUGGAAAUGGAGGAUGAAGAUGAAGGUUUCACUGAAUAUGAUGAUGAAGAUGAUGAAUCUUCCAUAGAAAGUGAGAUGGAAGCAACACCAAAGAAAGGCCAUUUUGGACUGCGUGUGGCAUUUAAAUUUCCUACAAGGCGGCCAGUGAAAAGAAAAGAGCGAGAGAUCCAUGACUCUGAGUCUGAAUCAGAUGAUGACUUAGUGUCUGGAAAGAAAAAUUCUAAUGUAUUGUUAAAGAGGGCCAUGAACAUCAAAGAAAAUAAAGAAAUGCUCGCUAAACUAAUGGCGGAACUAAAAACAAUGCCUGGACUCUUUCCAAUGAAAGUAUGCACUUCAUCAUCAUCUCCAAAGCAAAAACGAACCCCAAAGAGAACAUUUUCUGAAGGCAAGGUUGAACGCCGUGUCAAUCCAGCCAGGAGUGCACGGCCCCGUGAGGGUUUUUCUGUAGAAAAGUUUGCGAUUUCUCCAACCAAACUUAUGAACCAAGUGAAAAAGUUCCGCUUGAGAGCUGAUCUAACAAAUCGUUUUGUUGAGGAUGGAGGUUUGAGCAAGAGGAGACGAAGAUCUUCAAAAGGAAAGCCAAGACCUGCUGAUGAUAUAACAGAAGAGGAUUUGGAAAAUGUUGCCAUCACCGUUAAAGAUAAAAUUUACGACCGUUGUUUGGGCAGCACUUGCCAUCAGUGCCGGCAGAAAACAAUAGAUACAAAAACAAUAUGUCGUAAUCAGGACUGCUAUGGCGUGAGAGGACAAUUUUGUGGACCCUGUCUGCGCAAUCGAUAUGGUGAAAAUGUGAGAUCAGCCCUUCUAAACCCUGACUGGGUUUGUCCUCCUUGCAGAGGGAUCUGUAACUGCAGCUUCUGUCGUCGUCGGGAUGGACGCUGUGCUACUGGCAUUCUUGUUCACUUGGCAAAAUUUUAUGGCUAUGACAAUGUUCAAGCCUAUUUGGAAAGCUUACAGAAGCAGCUAACUGAAGAUUGAAACAGCAACUACUAGAAUCUGUAAACAGGUUAAAGAAUUAAGAAGCUUCUUGCAGCUUGUUUUAGUAAAAUGACCUUUUAAUUUUUUAAGAAACAUGUAUAAAAAGCACACUUUAUUUUAAUAUUACAAUUACUGGUAAUUACCAGAACUUGGAAAUAAUUAGCAAAAAUAAUGUAAAUGCAAUCUGCAGAACUUGAGUUGUAAAGUUUUUCAGAACCUCAUAAUAGUUGAAAAGUUCCUUUUAUGGCUGUUUGUUCAAAUCCUUUGUUAAACCUUAAGGAAUCUAUUCCACACAUGAAUGGAUGAUCCAUGUUAAUUGCAAUAUCAGGGACCACAGAUGAUUGCAAGUAUUUGUUUUAUUAUUGCUAUUUCAAAGGUAAAUGUCUUGUUUACAUGGACCACAUUAACACUAAAUCCUGCUCUGUGUUCUCUUGUUAUCCUAUAACAACAUAAAUGCAACACUGCUGUUUUUCUCUUGUUGCGUUCAACAUAAGCACAAGGAUAGGUCAAGCAAAACUGGAAAACUUAAGUGUUGAUGCAUGGUUUUACAUUUAGUUUUUUGUAAUCUAAUUGAUCAUCUUUCUGUUUAAUCUAGAAUCCUUGAAAGCAUUAGUGUUUUUUUCAUUGUCUAAAGAAAUGUUAAACUGAAUAAGCAAAUUUAGAAUUUUUUAUGUAAAAUGCUGCAUGGAAGUUGGAAUUUCUGUUGGCAUUUAAUGUAAGAAAAUAACAAUAUAUGCACAAUCUUUUACUUUGAUUAAAAAUGUUGAAAUAAAA